UUAAACCAAACUUUUCCCCUAAGGAUUUUACAUUCUAAUGUGUGUUCAUUCUCUGCUCUGUGCAGCUCUUCCCAGUUUCUAACACCAGCGUUGUUUAUUUUGUCUUAGACGUUUCUGUUUUUGUUCUAUUUUUAAUUCAACUGUGCGGUUUCCUGGCUUGAUCCAUGUGGAAAUGGAAUAUGAGGAGGUCCCUAGAGAGAGACUAUCAAGGUUUUGAGUUAUUACACGGACAGCUGCUGUAACUGCUCCUCUCCUGGAUAAAUAUGGACCCUCCCGCCCUGUGCGUCCUUCAGACCCUGCUGGUGCUGAUGAUCUUGCCCCCUGUUGCCUGUGUCCCUUGCCCCCAGCCGUGCUCCUGCCCCCAGCCCACUGAGCUCCACUGCACCUUCCGCUCCCUCAUUACCAUCCCAGCUGCUGUAUCUAAACAAGUGGAACGCAUGAACCUGGGGUUCAACAGCAUUAAUAAGAUCACAGACAAAUCACUGGCUGGUCUGAGGAAGCUGGAGGUUCUGAUGGUCCAUGGAAACGACAUCCACAGUCUACCAGAUCGAGUGUUCAGGGACCUUAUUUCACUACAGAUGUUGAAGAUUAGCUACAACAAACUGAAGGAGAUCAACAGACACACCCUCCAGGGUCUUUGGGCCUUGGCCAGGUUACACCUGGACCACAACCGACUGGAGUUCAUCCACCCAGACACCUUCCAGGGCCUCACCUCCCUGCGGCUGCUGCAGCUGGAAGGCAAUCGGCUUCAGCAGCUGCACCCAGCCACCUUCACCACCUUCACUUUGAUGGGCCACUUCCACAUCUCUACUCUGAGGCACCUCUACCUGUCAGACAACAUGCUGAUGUCACUGCCCUCCAGGCUGGUGGCUACCAUGCCUCAGCUGGAGAACCUGUACCUCCAUGGUAACCCGUGGACAUGUGACUGCAACAUGAGGUGGCUCCAUGACUGGGAUAAAACCUCACCAGGUGUCUUAAAAUGUAAAAAGGACAGGGCCCUUCCUGGUGGCCAACUGUGUCCCAUGUGCUCCUCUCCCAGACACCUCCAGAGAGAAGAGCUCCAGGCUGUAGAGAACAUGGUCUGCAGCAGCCCCAUCAUCACCUCUUCUCACAGGACUUCCCUACUUAAUGAUGUCGAGAGUGAGGUCUUAUCCACAGAGGACUUCAGGGAACCGUUUGGAAACAUCUCCCUGGGCCUGUCAGACGAACAUGGGAAUGAGGUGGAUCUGAAAUGUAGCAUUGGUGAGCCAAGAGAGCUUACCAAGAUCAACUGGGAGCAGAUCAACCAGCUUCAGCUGGCCUCCAACAUCACUUUGUCGGUGGAUCUUGAAUGCCCCGUUGAUAGAGAAAAAUAUGAGCAACUGUGGCGGUUAAUCGCUUACUAUAGCAAUGUGCCAGCCCACUUACAAAGGGGGAUUAUGCUCAGACAAGAUCCUCAUCCAACCUAUGUGUACAGACAGGACUCUGAGAAGGAUGCCCUGUACUACACAGGUGUUAAAGUUAAUAUCAUGGCCCAGCCGGCAUGGCUGAUGCAGACAUCUGCAGACCUUCAGCUGAACAGACUUCAAUCAUCAGCCAAGAUGGUAAAAUUGAUCCUGAGCACGGACUUCUCAGAGACAGUAGAGGUGGAGCUGUUGCAGAGACAUAGGAGAACAUGGGUCAUGACUGAGUCAACCAACAUGACUCGUAAAGUGAUGAGUGCUAUCCUGGGGAGCCCGAUUCAAAUGUACUGUAACGUGCACAGUUCUGGUCAACCGGUAAUCCACUGGAUGCUGCCAGACGGCUCCAAGGUGAAGGCACCGCACAGCAGUCCAGACAACAGGGUGUCUGUGUCUAGUGAUGGACGACUGGUCAUUAAAGCUGUCAGCCACACAGACACAGGAAUUUACUACUGCAUUGCCAAGCUUCACGGAGACCUUGCUGUUCUGCCAUUCCAUCUGACAGUGCAGGAAUCCUCUAGCCCUCCCCCAGGGGAAGACACCACUGAUACACCUAUAGAGGGAUUUGCAGGGAACCCCAUUUCAGUACCUUGCGCAGCCUCUGGUUCCCCUGAUGCUGAAAUUAACUGGAUUCUACCAAGCAACAACAUAGUUAGUUUCCAAGCCAACUCAUCCAGAGCUUUGGUCUAUUCCAACGGCACUCUACAUAUCCCACAGACUCAGUUAUUGGACAGUGGUCAUUAUAAAUGCAUCGCCAUAAAUCAACACGGUGUGGAUACGCUGGCUACAAAAAUCACUCUCGUCAGGAGCAAAGGGCUGAUAAGGCCUUUGAGGAAGUUUCCUGCAAGACCUCAGUCAGCCUCAGGGGUCAACGCUCAGAUUAAAGUUCCCGCAAAGGAUACAGAGGAAGCAUCAGGAGACAUUGAGGUUACUCAGGUGAGGACUCCAGUGAGCCGCUUGGAUCCUUUGAGAAGGAGAAUUCCAGCAGGUGUGGUCCCAGGCAGGAGAGGUGUCCAUCCAUCGAGAAAUAUUUGGCGGAGGCCAGCAGUGGUUCGAAAACCAACAGGAUCACGUGUUGAAGACAUGAAAAAUAUAGUUGAAAGCAGGAGAAAGAUUAAUAUGUCAAAGAGUAAAAUAGACCCAGAGAAAUGGGCUGAUAUUUUGGCUAAGAUUAGGGAAAGAAAUACUCAGAAUACUGUGACACCACUCCCAGGUCAGUAUACGACAGAGAGGAAACUUACAAAGCAGAUAACACAGUCACAAGAAACUAUUGAGGGAUCAUCGGAUGGUUUGACUGUGCAGGAAAAAGAGGGCCAGGAUUACUUCACAACACCAUACAAUCCAGUACAACAUACACAAACGAAAACUCAUACACAAGGCCAAAGCACACACGAAACAUCUAAUACCUACACUGCACAUAAUGCACAUCAGCAAACACACAGCAUACAUGCUACUGCAGAGCCACACACAAUACAGAGUACAUACAGUGUACCACACACAAGCCGUGAUAUGAACUUGGAUCUAUCCACAACUUCAAACAGCGUAUUUUUCCUCGCACAGACUACAUCUGUUCCUCUACAGGCUGUCACUUUCUGGCAGGCUAGCACAAACACUGCAAGCAGCAGCAGUACAUUUUCUCUACAAGAGAACCUUAGUACAAAUACAGAUGUUGAUAGAGUCAAAACAGCUGAUUUGUCCAAGGCAUUGGAGAGGAGCAAGAAUAUGGAUAGACCAAAUGUUGUUGCCAGCUCUAAUAAUGGCAGAGAACUCUUUUCAAGUGGAAGUCAAAUUAUCCCUUUGGUCAACCCAAAUGAAUCAGAGACAAGCCAAAAGGAAAAUGGAAAAUAUCUUAGUGAGACUGCAACAACGUCACAGUUGCAUACUCAGCCAAAGGACACAGUAAAUGAUCUGCAAUCUCAAUCAGUGCUCACAAUAGCAUCUCCAACAACUACACUUGUACCCACCACUACAAGAAAGAUGGGGUCUGGAAGGCAAUCGCUGCAGAGCCAACGACAACCUUACUCUAGGAGAAGGAAUGGGGCUGGUCGGAGAAAACAGACAAGAAGGAAACAAAAGCUGAAUAAACUCACCAAGUUUAUAGCCACCACACCUACAAAUGCUCCCCUAGCAACAGCAAGGACCACUGCCUCCACACAGCUAAAAAUAGAACCAUUAGAAGUUACAACAGCCAAUUUCAAUACCACUGUUCCAUUCAGUGGCAGCCAAGCAGCGUCAUCAGGCAGACUGAGUCAUGAAGAAAGCACAGUUUCAAGGCAUGACGGCGAGGCAGCCACCAAACUCUUUUCACUACCAGCUUCUCCCCACGAAACAAACAACAGUCUUCAACCCCAGGCCAAACCACUAUUCAAAAGCACAUCAGCGGCACUGUCAUUUCCAACAGCCUUUCCAGGAGUGGGUCACGGAAGGACGAGUUCUCAGACAACCUUAGGAAUCUCAGAGAGUGCAUCUCCACCAGAGCACUUGGAUAUACUCACAUCAACCACUCAGCAGGGGUUUACAGGCAGCUCUCAUCUACCUGUUAAGCCCUUAGAGGAGAAACAAAAGGUGACAGGAGACCUUGGACCUGCGCCACCCUCUGACAAUUCUUCUAGGAAUUUUCACGCAGUAAUACAAGUUCAAGAAGAUGUCAGGCCAAAUCAAUCUGGCCAUGAAUAUACAACCACUGAAAAGAGUGGAAAGAUGCUUUUGAGAGAAACUGGCAUGUGUUUUUCUCAACUGCCAUCCACAUCCACCUCAGCUGCUUCCUUGAUCGAACAUCAAAUCAAGACAACCUCUGAAUACACUUCAAGUGGCUUAAUCACGACACAGAGCAUGCCUUUUGAUUUAGACACAGAAGAGGUUACCACAAAGAAACCAACAGUACCUAAAAGAUCGUAUUAUAGUUUUCAUCAAAAUAAAACCAGUGAGUCAGAGUUAUAUCGACAUUCCUCAAGGCCUACUACUGUGACCCCAACGGGAGUGGCGCCACAUGUCACACUACACAAAACGUCUUCUACUGUAGCUAAGAGCCCUUCACUCAGGGCCACCACUCAGGAGGCUCCCAGGAUCACCAAUAUUCCAGACAACAAGAGUCAAGACCAACAAAUCCAACCCAUCACCACAUCAGAUCCUAGAACAGCAGACAUCCAUACUGUAACCCACUCAACUGACCACAAACUGGAUGUAUUUAUCAGUACAAAUCCAUCUUUGCCAGCCCUAAAAUUUACUAGAGAGCAGACAACUGAGCAGACGGCCACCCCUGCCCCAACAAUGGCUGCAGUCCAAACUAAUCCAUUCAGAGACGGACUGCUAACAAGCACUCAGGAUGUGUCCAGAAAGCACCAGCUACCUGGACAAGGAUCUAUUCCAAGAGGAAAGGCAAAGAUAACUAAGCGUAAUUUCCACACUUUCACUGUGAAAGCUGAAACAGAUGCUCAGCUUCCCUGUGAGGCUGUGGGUGAGCCAAUGCCCUUCCUGUCAUGGACUAAAGUUGCCAGCGGGGCAAGUAUUGCUCGGAAUACCCGGGUCCAGAGGUUUGAGGUCCAUCCAAAUGGUACAUUAAUCAUCAGGAACACACAGCCCAUGGAUGAGGGCCAGUACCUGUGCACGGUCCAGAACCAGUAUGGCACAGACAAAAUGGUAAUCAGCCUUGUGGUACUGUCUCAGCAACCACGGGUCCUUCAACCUCGGCACAGAGACAUCACUGUGCAUCUAGGUGGCAAAGUCGCUUUAGAGUGUAAAGUGGAGGGGCACCCUACGCCUCAAGUCACAUGGGUACUCCCUAACCAUGUCCACAUGACUACUGCCGCACUUAGUGUUGUCGCUCAGCAGCGUGUGGACAUCUUGAAUAAUGGGACCCUCCAGCUCAGCCAGGCCACUUACACAGACAGAGGGAUUUAUAAGUGCAUUGGCAGCAGCGCAGCCGGAAGCGACACAGUUUCAGUCCGCCUUUAUGUCUCAGCAUUGCCACCUGUCAUUCAGCAGACACAAAAUGAGAACAUCACCCUCUCUGAGGGCAGCACUGCCUACAUCCACUGCACUGCCACAGGUGACCCUCAGCCUGUCAUCCGCUGGAUCACACCUGAUGGCAUACAGCACACUGCUUCCCAGUUUGUUACUGGACGCAACCUCAUAGUCUUCCCCAAUGGGACCCUCUACAUACAGGGACUGGGCCCAGGAAAUGCUGGGAGAUAUGAGUGCUCGGCCAGUAACGCAGUGGCAUCCAGCAAGAGAACAGUGAUCUUGAGCAUAAAGCGGAAUCCAUCCUCUGGCAAGGCCAGUAUCACCUCAUCUUCCCCCCAGAAAACAGAUGUGAUCUAUGGGGGGAAGCUGCUGCUCAACUGUGUGGCAACAGGAGAGCCAGUGCCCCGGAUCAUCUGGAGGACGCCCUCUAAGAAGCUGGUGGAUGCUCAGUACAGUUUUGACACCAGAAUCAAGGUGUUCCCGAAUGGCACUAUAACCGUUCAUUCUGUGACUGACAAGGACAAGGGAGACUACCUGUGUGUGGCACGUAACAAGAUGGGCGAUGACUACGUUCUGCUGCAGGUCAAUGUGCUGACCAGGCCGGCCAAGAUCGAGCAGAAGCAGCAGCGAUCCAGUCAGGAAGUGGUGUACGGUGGAGACCUGAAGGUGGACUGUGUGGCCUCUGGUCUCCCCAACCCUGAGAUCAGCUGGGCACUGCCGGAUGGCACCAUGGUCAACCCUGUCAAACAAAGAGACAGUGUCCGCAUGGGGCGUAGUCGCAGGUAUGUGGUGUUUGAUAAUGGGACACUGUACUUCAACGAUGUUGGCAUGCCAGAAGAAGGUGACUACACCUGCUACGCCGAGAACCAACUUGGCAAAGAUGAAAUGAAGGUUAGAGUCAAGGUCAAGGUUGCAACUUCCCCACCACAAAUCCAGGAUAAAGACCAAAAGAUUGUCAGGGUUAUCUAUGGUGAGACUGUUACACUGAGAUGUAACGCCAAAGGGGAUCCAAUGCCAGCCAUCACAUGGAUAUCCCCUACAAACAGACUGAUCUCGCCAGCUUUAGACAAACACCAGGUCCUGGAUGAUGGGACAUUGGUGGUUCAAAAGGUCCAACGUUUUGAUGGAGGUAACUACACUUGCAUGGCCAGGAACAAUGCAGGACAAGACCACAAAGUCAUCAGGAUAGAGGUCCUGGUAACAUCUCCAAUGAUCAACGGCUUAAGAGGAACUGCCAACACCAUCAAGGUGACUGCAGUCCAGGAUCAGCGGAAGUUGGUGGACUGUGUGGCAAAGGGAACCCCCACUCCUCGCAUCAUGUGGGUUCUACCAGGAAAUGUGAUCCUUCCUGCACCAUACUACAGCAAUAAAAUGACAGUUCACCAAAAUGGUACCUUGGAAAUCCAAUCACUUAAGAGGACAGACUCUGGGCAGCUGGCUUGUAUUGCUCGUAAUGAAGGAGGGGAGGUCAGGCUGGUGGUUAACUUGGAUGUGAAAGAAGUUGUCGAGAGGCCACAAAUUAGAGGUCCCAAAACAGAUAGCUUGUCGCUAACUGUGGGGAAUGCCAUGAUGUUGAAUUGUUCCUUUGAGGGCUCAACACUACCCCAUGUCACUUGGAUCUUACCCAACGGUACACCUUUGCAUAGUGGUGCUCGGUUUUCAAAAUUUUUGCACCAGCCUGAUGGCUCUUUGAUCAUUAGCAACCCUUCUGUUGCUGAAGCUGGUAUGUACCGCUGUCUGGGGUAUAAUUCUCGCGGGCUUGUGGAGCGUACAAUCACAUUGUCCCCCGGUAGAAAGCCAGAGAUCAACAACAAAUACAACUCUCCUGUCAGUGUCAUGAAUGGGGAAAGAAUUUUGCUAAAUUGUCUAACCAGUGGUGAACCCCUCAGACUAACAUGGACAUUACCCAGUGGGGUUGUCCUCAACCGGCCACAAAUAGCUGGACGAUAUGCUGUACUUCCCAAUGGGACGCUUGCCAUCCAACAAGUAUCAGUCUAUGACAGGGGGUCCUACAUUUGCAGAGCUGCAAAUGAGUAUGGCAGCUCUAAGCUUUCUGUAUCGGUAAUUGUGAUUGCAUACCCACCUCGAAUUACCAACGGCCCUCCCUCUGUAACUUACGCCAAACAUGGAGUUGCUGUUCAGUUGAACUGUGUAGCAACUGGCAUCCCUAGAGUGGAGGUAGCAUGGGAAACACCUGAUAAAACCCGCUUGGCUGUCAUUGCGCAGCCGCGCCUUUUUGGAAACAAAUACCUCCAUCCGCAAGGUUCCCUGAUCAUCCAGAACCCGACACAAAGAGAUGCUGGGGUCUACCGAUGCACAGCUAGGAAUGUCAUUGGCAUAGACUCUAAAUCCACAUUUCUCAAUGUGUUCUGAAGGAUUUCGCUAUUCAUCAUGGUCCAUUUUCAUACUGUAUGCCCAAGCAACUGCCUAGUUAAAAGCAGCUAAUGUUUUUAAUGAUCAAAAUGUUGUAAAAACUGCUGUCACAAUGAUGAAAUAAUGAGUUAAUUAAAUCCUGCAAAUCUGUGCUUAUCUGCUCUUCCUUCAUAUGGGCUGUAAUUUAAUAACUUCAGUGUAGACUAAAUAAAAUUUCAAGUUAUAUGUGGUAAGAUACAUGUUGGACCAAGGACUAUAGUAAAUGAACCAAAACAGUUCCCUUCUAUGCUUCUAAGUUUAGGAGUUGUGGAAAAAAUGGCCACAUGAUGGCAACUUACCAAAACUCAGUUCCUCCUUUGCCACUUUUUCCCACUCACAAAGCUAAGUGGUUUUCAGUAGUUUUGGAUAUCCCUUGCUAACAGACAAACUGGACCAAAAACAGAGAGUCUUUGCAUCGUAGCAUCGUCAGCUGUACAUGCACCUUUGCUUUGAUGACGUAGCACAGUUGCUUCAAUGACAACAAUGACGAUGAUUGAUGAUUAUGUCAAGCUGUAAUGAAUUGCAAAACGUCUAUAUUUUCUAACUUGGAUCUAUUGUUUAACUUAAUAAGAAAAUUUACUGAAAAUGUAAAAUGUUGCCUUUUGUCUUUUACUGAAUUUGAGUAAUCAUUGGUAUCUUGUGCCUUUCAGAAAUGUCCAUCUUACAAGUUUUUCUCAGCCGCUUUAUGAACAUUUCUCAGAUCAGAAUUGAAAUUCUCAAAACUACUUGUUCAUCCUCCACAUCAUCUUGUCACAUCAUAAAAUCAAUUUCUCAUCGGUUUGAACAAAUUGUAAAUGAUUUGACAUAUUGAUGCAAAUGAUUAUGUACAAUUUUCUGCUGUUUUCUACAUUAUCAAUUGCUUAUGUCAUGCUGUUCACAAUGUAUUAUACCGGUUCUCUGUUAAAUUGACGUACCCCAAAUACUUUGUACUGUUGAAAUUGAUAUGCCCUAUUAAAAAAGUGCAGCCUUGUGCAUUUUCAAUCAUUGUCAUCAAAACCUUAGCCAUAGUGUACAUCAGAAAAUACUUACAGACUACAUUGUUAUAUUGACAACUUGACUUAACAUUUUGACUAUCUUGUUCGUGAACAGUGACCAAAGGACUUGUCAUUCUGAUGGCACUGACAUGUUCACUGACAUAAAGAUUUACUUUUGAAAGAUAGACUAAGGAUUUUAAGCAAGUUACAGGCUUUUGCAGGUAAUCCACUGUGUAGUGCUAUGAUGUGUUUCAAGAAAUGCACUUUGUGUUUUGCAAAUGUGAUGAUUUAAUUAAUGUACCAAAGCGACUGAGAAAAACUGUAAGUAUUUUCUCUGUGUUUCCAUAACUGAGUCAGAUAUUUCAAUAAUAACUGUUUCCUGCUCUCAGCAGUCUUUGAAUCUGCUUCCGAAAAAUGCUGAUGCAAGUUCAAUGUCCUUAUUUGUAAAUUAUUUGUCUUUGACAGACUGUGAUGUAUAGCAAUUUGCCCAUAUUUUAAUAAAAAUAUUUCCACCUGUUUCUACUAA